CACAUCGUGUUAAAUUUGAAUCUUAACGAAUGAAAAGUGGAGGGAAAUAUUAAAUCGUGUAAGUUUCAUUUUCAUCUCACAGAGCGCGUAAGUGACCCGAACAUAUAUAGAUGGCGGGUUGUCAUUAAAACAGAAACGAUGCACCAUAUUUAGUAGCCUACUAGCCAUAGUGAAAAAUUGUUGAUUGUAUCUUUUAGUUUUAUAUGAAUAUAAAAACUAAUAAGAGGGGAAAUGUGAUCCAUUUUAUAGAGUAAUGGCAACAAUAGCUUCUUGUUCUUAGUUACGAAAAGCAGAAGUUUUUGUCUCAAAGUGAGACAUCGGAUGUCAGUCGUGAAAAUCUGGGCAUGUUGUGUGAAAAGAUUAUUGAUAUAAAAAAAUGUCACUGAUGUCGUCAACAAUACGUUCAAUCCAAAGAAAUUUAUUGACAAAUAGGUGAAGAUGGAAGAUGAAGCUGAUCUUAGAGAGCAAUUAUUUCACAACACAGUACGGGAGAAUAUUAUAUUCCUCCUUCUGUUCCUGAUUCUCUAUGUUUCAAGCUACGCCUUAAUUGCGAAGUUUCGACGAAGAGACCGUGAAGAUUAUUUUUCCGUGGAUGAAGAUGAAGCAACGGUUUACAGAAUCAGUCUUUGGUUAUGUACCGUUGCUCUGGCGGUUUCUGUUGGAGCAACCUUGCUGCUUCCGGUUUCGAUUGCAAGCAACGAAGUGUUGAUAUUAUAUCCGAACAGUUAUUAUGUUAAGUGGCUCAAUAGCUCACUUAUACAAGGUCUAUGGAAUCAUGUAUUCCUCUUUUCAAAUUUAUCUCUCUUCGUAUUUUUACCGUUUGCAUAUUUAUUCACUGAAUCAGAAGGAUUUAUUGGAUAUAGAAAGGGUUUAAUGGCUAGAGUUUAUGAAACUGUGACAGUUCUUUGUUUAUUGGGAACACUUGUAUUAGGAAUGACAUAUGUUUUAUCAGCACUAAUAGAUUAUCAGAAAUCUAGCCUACACACAUUGCUCAAUUUAUGGAGUUACUAUUUGCCUUUUCUUUACUCUUGCGUUUCUUUUGUUGGAGUUGUUAUGUUAUUGCUAUGUACACCAAUGGGAUUUGUACAAUUAUUCGGAGUAGUUGGCUCAUUUCUCGUAAAACCACAGUUCCUAAAAAAUUUAGAUGAAGAAUUCUCUGCAUAUAGAUUAGAGGAAGAUUGUAUUCGUAGAAGAUUACAACAUGCGAAAGCGACGGGGAAAUCAUAUGUUUCGCCAGUGCCUAUGUCGAUAUUAACUUGUGGUUUAAUAUUCGAAGAUGAUGAAUUUCUUAAAGCAAAUCCAAACUUAAUGUGCUUAAGAAAUGGUGCUCUCCAGAAUGGAUUAACUCAAUAUUUGAAAAAUAUUCAGAAACGAAGGAAUAUUUUGGAUCAGCAAAGGCGAACGUGGUGGGUUCGACGAACUUUGCUAUAUCCUUUGGCCAUGUUAGUAUUAUUUAUGCUUUCCACUGCCACAGCUUUGUUAGCAGUUCAAAACACAUUAGAAUUGCUGAUUGGUAUUAAAGCAUUACCUUUGAGUACAAGGCAAUUCACUCUAGGUAUCAGCUCAUUAUCGAAAUUAGGUCCUAUUGGAGCCGCAAUUGAAGUGGCAGUAAUUUUGUAUCUAGCUGCUACGAGCGCAAUAGGUUUGUACACACUUCCUGGUGUUAAACGCGUUCGACCUCGACUUCAUUCCACACCUCUUAUUCACCUUAUUGCAAAUUGUGCUCUUCUUCUUGUAUUGAGUUCAGCGUUACCAUUGUUGUCUAGAAUAUUAGGUAUGACGAACUUUGAUUUGCUCGGCGAUUUUGGUCGUAUUGAAUGGCUUGGUAAUUUCAAAUUAGUACUAUUUUAUAAUUUAAUUUUUGCUACGGCAGCGAUUAGUUGUCUAGUAAGGAAAUUUACUUAUUAUAAAUUUAUGGCGACUGUUCGCAAAGAAAUUUAUGCCAGAUUAAGGAGUAGUUUAAUAGGAAUUUUUAAGAAUGACGGUAAGAAAAAUUGUAUAGGAAUAUGUCCUACGAAAGAAGAUUAGACUGACUUCCGUUGUAAAGAGAGAAUAAAAAUUAAUAUUCUACGUUAAAUAAAAAAAUGGAACUUAAAAAUGUGAAUUUUUGUAUUCGCAUAAUGUUAAUAAUAUAGAUGUGUACAACAAUAUGUGUGUGCGAGAGAGAAAAUAUAUCUAAAACUGUUUGGAAUUCCGCAUUUGUAAAAUAUUUUAAUUUUGAUAGCACUUGAUAUUCAUAAAAUGUAUUCAAAUUUAUUUAAGCAAAAUUCAAUUAUAUAUGUUAAAUAUGUUAUCAUAUGUAUAGUCCGUCCAGAGAUGAAUAAUUAUAAAUUAUUGUGUCAAUCGGCAAUACCAAUUAAAACUGUGGUUACACUAGAUGCGAAUUUUUUAUAAAUUAAUAAACAAUUCGCUUAUUCGCUUGCAGUAUAACCAUCUAUAAGAAUACUAUUUAAUUGUUUGUUUUUGUCUAUUACGAUUGUAGAUAUUAUGCCUAUUCCUAUGUCAAUGCCUAUGAUUUUUAAAUUCGAUAUAUAAUUUUCAAUUAUAGGCAAUAAAAUUUUAAAUUAUAAGCAAUAAAAAUUAUUGAUUAGCUUUUAUAAAUGUAUAUUAUAAUUUAAUAAUUUAUAAUUUAGAAUAUAUUUGCUUUCUAAUUUAUUAUUACGAAAUUAUUGAUUAAUUUGAAUAAACUUUAACAUUUUAGAUAAAAAUUAUUGUCAACUAUUUAAAAUCUUAUAGUAAUAUGCAUUUUCUUGCAUAUAUCUUAACUUGCUUGUUCCAGUUUUCAGAAUAUUUAUAGUUUUUUUCAUUUAUGAAUGUUUUUACUGAUUUUAUAAACACAUUCUCUGAACAGACCAUACAUAACAUUUUGUGCGUGUAUAUUGUGCGUAUAUGUAUAUGUGUGUAUGUGUACAAUCAUUUAAUCACAAUUAAUUAUUUAUUAUACAAUCACUAUUUUAAUAAUUAUUUACUCAAAAUAUACAUACCAAUCUUGUAUAAGAAACUUUACUUAGUAUAUGAACUCAAAAUAAAGACAACGCAAUAUUGUGAUAAAGACACAUAUGUAGAAGUGUCUACGAAAUAAAAGAAUUCUCAAUAUAGAAUUUUUUACUCUAUUAUUAUUAGAAAUGAAAAACAAAUGUUAAAAUUUCUUUUUUUAAAUAGUGAUUGUUGUUUAAAUAUAAAUAUUAAAUACAUUAAUUAAGUAUAAAUUAAUGUUUAGAUUACAUUUUUAGAAAUUUCAAUGAUGAAUUUUCAUUCUUUAGAAAAGGAUGUAUAGGCCCUCAAAUAUGCCUAAUUUAAUUCUUCAAUCAAAUAAUAUAAAAAAAAAAUGUAAAAAAUUAUAUUGUACUGUAUUGUAUAAUAGUUUUAAUUUAAUAAUUGCGUUUGAAUGCAUUUUAUCGAUCAAGUAAUUUUUAUGAAAAAUCAUAAGUUUGUUAAAAGUUUUUUAAAUGUAAAUACACUUAUAACAAACAUAAUAUGCAUUUUAAAAUGCACACAGACUGCAUCUAUGAUAACAUUUAAAUUUUAAAAUGUUAUCAUUUUGACUGACUUAUUUUGUUAAUUCAUUACUGAAAUCUAGUGCUUUAAAAUUAUUUAUUUAGCUUAAAAAAUUCUUUUUGUUUCUUAAUUGCGUUUAAUAUUUGAUAAGCAAUGAAAUAAUAUCUUACCCAAAUAUACUAUGUGAUAUGUAUCUUGUCAAAGAGACAAUAUGAUGUUAAGAAAAAGAAAACAGUAAAAAUAUACUCAUUAACUAAUUAUUAACAUAUUUAAUCAGAAUAGUAUCUCAGGAUAUAAAAUAUUGUUUAAUACUUGUUAACAUAUGUAUAUUUCCACAUAUGUGUGGAUUUGUUUAUAAGAUUUGAAUUCUCUAUUGGGAAUUCUUUGUACGCAUAAGUAGAUUCGUAAAUAAAAAAUAAUAAUUUUACAACA